GGUGGUCGAGGGCGCGUCAGCCCGCCCCCGGAGGAAGCUCAUUGGCCGCAGGAUGGAGCCGGGCACUGCCUCGUGCCGGGGGAGGGCGCACGUGCUGGGGGCGGGAGCUGCGAUCGCGGCUAUGGCGUCGUUACUUUGGGGAGGCGACGCCGGGGCGGCGGAGAGCGAGCGGCUGAACAGUCAUUUUUCAAACCUCAUCCAUCCCCGGAAGAACCUUCGGGGCAUUAAGAGUUCUACAGUCCCAAACAUAGAUGGUUCUAUUAAUAAUACGGAAGAAGAUGAUGAAGAUGUAGUGGAUUUGGCAGCUAAUUCACUCUUAAACAAGUUAAUCCGACAGUCCUUAGUAGAAUCCAGUCACCGAGUUGAAGUCUUACAGAAGGAUCCCAGCUCUCCACUCUACUCAGUGAAAACGUUUGAAGAGCUGCGGCUGAAGGAAGAGCUAUUAAAAGGGAUCUAUGCAAUGGGAUUUAACAGACCAUCCAAAAUCCAAGAGAUGGCUCUCCCUAUGAUGCUGGCCCACCCACCCCAGAACCUCAUAGCCCAGAGCCAGUCUGGAACAGGAAAAACAGCUGCUUUUGUCUUGGCAAUGCUAAGCAGAGUCAAUACCUUGGAAUUGUUCCCACAGUGCCUCUGCCUAGCUCCUACUUAUGAACUGGCUUUGCAGACUGGUCGCGUGGUCGAACGGAUGGGAAAAUUCUGUGUGGAUGUUCAAGUGAUGUACGCCAUUCGAGGGAAUCGCAUUCCCAGAGGCACGGACAUCACCAAACAGAUUAUAAUUGGCACUCCUGGGACUGUUCUAGAUUGGUGUUUCAAGCGAAAAUUAAUUGACUUGACUAAGAUUCGUGUGGUUGUCCUGGAUGAAGCGGAUGUGAUGAUUGACACACUAGGAUUCUCAGAUCAGAGCAUUCGGAUUCAGAGAGCUUUACCUUCUGAGUGCCAGAUGCUCCUCUUUUCAGCGACCUUUGAGGACUCUGUGUGGCAGUUUGCAGAGCGAAUCAUUCCAGACCCUAAUGUUAUUAAGUUACGAAAAGAGGAGCUGACCCUGAAUAACAUCCGACAGUAUUACGUGUUGUGCGAGAGUAGGAAAGACAAGUACCAAGCCCUGUGCAACAUCUACGGUGGCAUCACCAUCGGGCAGGCCAUCAUCUUCUGCCAGACUCGUCGAAAUGCCAAGUGGUUGACUGUGGAGAUGAUGCAGGACGGCCACCAAGUGUCUCUGUUAAGCGGAGAGCUGACCGUGGAUCAGCGAGCCUCCAUCAUUCAGAGGUUUCGGGAUGGGAAAGAGAAAGUUCUUAUAACGACCAAUGUCUGUGCUCGAGGGAUCGAUGUGAAGCAGGUCACAAUUGUCGUGAACUUUGAUCUCCCUGUAAACCAAGCUGAGGAGCCAGAUUAUGAGACUUACCUUCACCGCAUAGGGCGGACAGGACGCUUUGGGAAAAAGGGCCUCGCCUUCAACAUGAUUGAAGUGGAUAAGCUGCCCUUGCUCAUGAAAAUCCAGGAUCACUUUAACAGCAGCAUUAAGCAACUUGAUCCUGAAGACAUGGAUGAAAUUGAAAAGAUUGAAUAUUGAAGACAGAACUUUGUUGCUUGUGAAAUAUCUAGUUUAUGUGAGAAUGUCCCAGUGGGUUUCGAAGGUAAUUUUUUCUGUUUGGGCUUUUUCAAAGUGAAACUGUUAAAUAUGGCAAAAUAAAUGUCAUGGUACCUUAGUCUUAAGACCUGAGGAACCAGAUUGGUGUGAAGCACAUGAUCUUUUUGAAUAAAAAAUCGAGAUUA